CUAUCCAGAUGCUGCAGAUGAGGAUGUCAGACGAUACGAAAGAUCUUUUAAGAAGCUUCCACCUCCCCAUCAGGCUUUGUUAUCCCACUAUCCUAAGAAGUUUCAAGAAUUAAGGCGACCAAUAUUGCUGCCAACCCAGAUUCCGAUUACACUUCAGUCAACAUUCAUUGGGAGAGUAUCAUAAUUUGCAAGACCCUUUUUGGUCACAACACAAUUACCUGGAUUGGUCAAUGCAGGUGAAGACAUUUCUACAGGGCAUAGGAAAUUUCAGUGACUAAAUUAAAUCUCCACUGGACUUUUGCUAGAACGCAUCACUAAUUUUAGGCAUCUUAUGUUGUUGCUGGAUUCAUGCUAUGCUUAUGUUGUUUGUAAUGGUGUAUUUCUGCAAAUUCUUAUUUCAUAUUUAGUAUGCUUCAGGCAUUUGAACCUCCACUUGAUAUGAGCCAGGACAUAGAAGAUUGCGAAAACCCUCCUCUUGAAGAUGACCCAAAUAAUCAUGAUUUCUCUGAAAAGAGGGCUGCUUGCUGCAGUCAUUCUACUUCCACAAGUGGAAGAACUUGUUUCUCCCAAUUAAGUAAAGCCUGUUGUGAGGAAGGGAGCAAUCUAUGCAACUCAAAAGGAGUCAUUGCCAUUAAGGAGGUUGAAAAUGAAGGUUGCAGUGAAUCCUGUACUGGAUGCGGAAGUCCAGGCUUGGAAUGUAACAAAGAGUUAGGAACUUGCUGUGGAAAUGAUGCCAUGGAUUCAAAGGGAAAUGCAUCUUUAUCAAAUCAUGAGUGGUUGGACCCAUCUUUUCAGUUUGACGUCCCUUUAGUUGAUGUUGACAAGGUUCGCUGUAUUAUACGGAAUAUAGUCAGAGAUUGGGCAGAAGAGGGACAAAAAGAACGCGAUCAGUGCUACAAGCCUAUCCUUGAAGAGCUUGAUAUCCUAUUCCCUAAUCGCUCUAAGGAAAGCCCUCCAGCCUGUUUAGUUCCUGGUGCUGGACUUGGACGAUUAGCUUUAGAGAUCUCUCGUCUAGGUUUCAUAAGCCAGGGAAAUGAAUUUUCGUACUACAUGAUGAUAUGCUCGAGUUUUAUUCUUAAUAAUACUGAAAAUGCAGGAGAGUGGAAAAUUUAUCCUUGGAUUCACAGCAACUGUAAUUCACUUUUAGACAGCGAUCAACUUCGUCCUGUUUCAAUACCAGAUAUCCAUCCGGCUAGUAGUGCUGGAAUUACUGAAGGCUUUUCCAUGUGUGGUGGUGACUUUGUUGAAGUUUACAAUGAUCCAAGCCAAGUUGGUAUUUGGGAUGCGGUUGUGACUUGUUUUUUUAUUGAUACUGCGCACAACAUCGUUGAAUACAUUGAAAUCAUCUCUAAAAUCCUGAAAGAUGGUGGAAUUUGGAUAAAUUUGGGUCCCCUACUGUAUCACUUUGCAGAUAUGUAUGGUCAAGAAGAUGGAAUGUCCGUUGAACUGAGUUUGGAAGAUGUGAAGAAGGUCGCCUUGCAUUAUGGAUUCCAUUUUGAGAAGGAAAAGACGAUAGAGACAACCUACACAACAAAUUCCAGGUCAAUGAUGCAAAAUCGGUACUUUGCUGCAUUUUGGACAGCAAGAAAGAAAUCUGCGACGGCCGGAGAACAUUCGCCUGAAUAAGUUGUUGUCAAUCCUCACAUGGCUUUGUUCUAUAUUAUUCUCAAGAUCUUACAUAAAUAUAAUGUACGAUCCUCAUUGAGAUACAAAAAAAGGUUAUUCAUUUGUAGUAUGGGUUUUUAAAAGACGGAAAAGAAAGAGACAUGCCAAGUUAUUUAUUUAUUUAUAUGUAGAUACUAUGAAAGCAUUUAUUAUUUUUAUGGCUUCCGUCAAAUAUACACUAGUAGAGAUUCAUAAAGAUAUUUUUGACAGGUUUGGCA